UAUACAACGUCCAGGUGAAAGUAGCAUUUUGUGUUUGUGAUACUAAGCUAAAUAUAUGAGCAGUCUGCUUUGUUUUGUUAUUGUAGCUGUUUAAUUUUAGUGUCGCUGGUCAGUUUAAGUUUUGUUAGCCUAAUUCACAACUCAAAACAUAUCCAUUAGCCUUCAAAAGGUGUCAUAUGAUGUGUCCAUUAAAACAAAUAGAAAGUGUUUAGUUGUAAUAUUUCUGAAUUACAAAAUAACACAAUGGGUCACACUAUGAGCAGAAUUUUGUCAGGGUAUAUCCCCGAGAGCAUAACUGACGCUUAUAAUGUAAGACUGUUUGGUCAUAAGAGAAAACGUAAAUAUUCUUCAGACGAAUCUAACUUGGAAGAAUCUCUUCAUUCUCCUAAAAGGUGUAAACUAUCCUGUACAACACAGUAUAUCUAUAAAGCAUUGUUUGUUGAUGGAAGGAACCAUGAUAUAGUCGUGGAGGCAUUAGGGAAGGAAUGGAAACUACACAAGGUGUAUUUGACUCAGAGUCCAUAUUUUCAAAGCAUGUUCUCAGGAUCCUGGAAGGAAAGUGACAACAAAUAUGUCAAAAUAGAAGUUACUGAUCCAAAUAUAACCAUUGAAUCACUGAAGGUGGUGUUCGGCUCACUGUACCUGGACGAAGUGACGAUAGAGCCAGCAUGUGUGGUGGGUGUUAUGGCAGCGGCCACACUUUUCCAGCUGGAUGGGCUCAUCGACGAGUGUCUACGGAUUAUGAUUGAAACCAUUAGCCCCCUGACAGCAGUCAGCUACUAUGAGGCAGCCAGCCAGUACGGGCUGCAACGCAUCAAACAAGCUACUGUGAAGUGGUUCUUGAUCAACCUCAUGACUUACUACCCCUUACACACCAGGCGACUGCGCCAGAUUCCAAUUGACUUGAUGGCAAUCCUGGUGCAAGACAAGGACCUGAUGGUCGUCCAGACAGAGUUCUGCCUCUACCUACUGCUCAGGUUCUGGGUUUUCCUCAAGUUGCAUCCAACUUGGAUAUGGGAUGGCAAUGCAGACAAGACACAGGUAUCUGAGUUCUUCCACAACCGUCCUGAUUCUUCGUCAUUCCUGUUGAGUCCAGAAGGGAAGGACUUUCUGCGGGUGUUUCAUGGUCUACACAUGGGUAGUUUGAUUACUCAGGAGCAGGACCUGCAGCUGCUGACCCAAGACAGGAUACUACCAGAGGGUUGGUUGUUCCCAGUGCUCAGCAAGGAAUGGGCCUACCUGCUGCGCAUAGACAACGGCAAUGACUCUGGCCCAAACAAUGACAAAGUAUCUGAUGAUGUGUUCUUCGCAUCAUGUGUGCGCUGUGGCCGGAUUCUGGAGAGCAAGGAGAGCAACACCUGGCGCUGGAAGGUAUUCAACUUUGGUCUGGACCUGGUAUGGUCCACACUCAACAACGUGUUGACUGUGCGACGGGCGACAGAGGACGUCACACUCAACGAUCACCGGCCCCGCAGAGUCAUGCUCAGAGUGAUCCUGACAACUCUGGAUGCACAAGGCCAGCCCAAACUCUCCCAGUCGUCAGGAGUGAUGUCUGUCCUGCUGGUGCGCAACAUUGAGGCCAAGAUCAUGGACUUGUGUCCUGAGUUUGAGGAUCCUCUCUAUGUCAGUGUCAACAUCCUCUCCAUCACGCCCAAAAUUAACAAAGCGGCACAGAAGACUUCGUAGAUCUGACAUCAAGAGGCUCUUUGAGAGUCUCUUCUUGUACCAGUGUUAUCACUAUGACAUUACACUUACAAAACGAAUUUUAAAUUGAUCAGACUUAAAACUGCCCAAUUAGAAAAAAAAACAACACACAGUUGAAAAGGCAUUGUUAUAAACACUUCAGUUAACAUUAAAUUAACUUGCAAUAAUUCAGAAACACUAUAGUAUUGUUGUGCCUAUUUAAAUAUGUGCCAAUGAAAUAAAAUGAGUACUUCUUGGUGACUUUUAAACAGUUUUUUUCUUUAGUUGCAUGUUUUAUAGUUUUCUAUAUUAAUGGAUGUAUAAAUGAAUAUGUCAUAAUUGGUUAUAUAAUAAUGUAAUGUAAAUAUGUUCAUAGUUUAAGGAUUUACUUCUGGUCUUAAAUAACUGUGAGGUCUUUGCUAAUCUCUUUUAGUAUUAAGUUGUUAUACCUGAAACCACAAGACUACCAUACCUUUUAUUUUUAAUGAAUUUAUAUUCUUGAGAAUUCAAAAGGCAUAUUUUGACAUGUUAAAUACCAUUUACUGGAAUAUUCUCUAGUCUAAUGGGAUAUCUCAGCCUUCCUAAAAAAUAAUUAGAUAAUUGUUGAGACAUUCUAAUUUUUAUAUAUUAAAAACAACUGUAACCAUCAUAAAACAUAUUUUCCAUGAGUUAAGUGCAGACACUAAUUGAGAUACUACUACAAGCAGCUGUGGAGAACACGUAUUUCAACCUUUAGUGUUUCACCAGCCUUAACUGAUAGGUUUCUUUGUCAAUUCUUAAUAUUAUAACUGCUCUCUAAAUAGUCAUGUUCAUUGCAUCAACUUACAUUAAAAAGCUGUUAUUGUCAUAACUAUUAAACCUUUUAACAAAUUGUGAGUAACAAAGAUCAAGUUAAAUUUUAGCACAGUUUCUAGUCUUGAGCUGAGCAGAGCAAUAUGGUCCUGUGUUAGCUCUAGGAGCGAAUGGAUUAUAAUGGUACAAAGUAAAACUGUUAUUGAGCCUUUUGUGGUAUUUUAGAUGUUGACACAUUAAUCUGAGAUACUGAUAAUUGUAUCUUUAAAUAGAUUUUCGAAUAACAAAUAGAAACCAGACAUUUCUAAAAUAAAUGUAAUGAUAUAUUUGGCAAAUUGUUUUCUUGUACUUGAUAUUUUAUGUCUGCCUUUCCUGGCAGAUAGUCUCAAGUGGGAAACCCCCUUCAUCAUAAGAAACCUUCCCUCUAAUGCAUCUUUAGUUUAUUUACUAAUCUCAUUAACAGUAGGUUUCCAAUAUACCCCCUCUCCAUAUAUUUGGGGCUGACCUUUUUUCAUUUUGAUGUUUUAUCAUUGGUUAAUCUUUUUAGAGAACAUAAUUAUUAACAAUAUAAUGUCAGCUAUUCUUUUAAAGGUUCAAGUUUAAAUCUAAUUUGGAAAAUGGAAAGAUCGUACGGUGUGGGGUCAUGAUGGUAAAACUCAGUAAAAUAGCAUCAAAGCUAACCUGGUAUAAGCCAUGGGUUAAGUUUAUGGGGAGGUGAUCAUAAUACUAUAAUAGUUAUAAGUAUAAGUUGCUUUGAUUAACUGAAAUUAGUCAUUCCAACACAGUCUUACUUAAUAUAAAAAUAAUUCUUUUCUUGGUUAGAUUUAUUAGUUUUUAACUUAGUUUUACAAAUUAACUUAGAAGUAGAUAAUUAGUUGGUUAAAUGGUACUCACUAAUGAGUUGUCAGGAGAUAAAUUUUAUGUUACUUAAAGUUGUGAAUUCCAUUUUUUAUAACAUUAGUUUUAAGCUUUGCAAGUCACCCGUUGUGUUUAUUAUCUAGUCUUGUUUCUUCCUAAUUUAGCUUAUGUUAAGAAAGAUUGUUUUCUGAUAAUUUUAUCAAGGAGUUGUGCUUAGUACAAAAUGUCUGUGGUGUAAUAAUCUUCCAUUCCUAGGUUUCUUCCAGUAUGUGUGGUGCCAAUUUAAGUUUUUAUAAGCUUUCUUACUUUUUAGUUACCAACUUAUCUGAUUGUAUACUAUUGAGAUGAAACGUGAAUCAAAAAUCUAUUGUAAAUAGAAAUAUUUAUUAUUUGUUUAAUAAAUGAUUAGUUCUGUUGUAAGAAAACUGACCGUUAUCAAGUUGUAUGAUAAGUCUACUUCUCUCCAUUCAUAAGUGACCUUUACAACAUUUUGAAUAUAGAGUAUUUUUUUGCUUGUAGUUUAUAUGAAACAGCAGUUUCCAUGUUUGAUUUGCAGUCAGCUGUCUUCAGUACCAACUCGAAUUGGGUAACUUUCAGUUAUGAUCUAAGUGGGCUUUUAUCUAUAACAAGACAUGUACUUUCAAUUUUGACUAGCCAAUUAAGUAAUAAAACUUUUUUAUAAAAAAGUAAAGAAAAAUAAUAUUUGUGAAUUUUAAUCUAUAAAAAUAUUAAAGUGACAUAAGUUAUAGACAUAAUUUUAGUAUUAUUGUAGGGGAACUUAUUUCAAUUGAGUUAAAGUCUAUAAGAUCAAGUGGUAAUAACAUUUUUGUUUUGUUUUUAUUGAACCAAUUUCUCUCUGUUUAAAUCAGCAAUGUCAAUUCUACAAAUUAAAUCAAAAUAAUAUAGUUAAAUUGUGUAAAUAAAGUAUAUACACCUUGAUAUACCAUGUUAAACCUUGAUCUCUGAUUGUAGAUCUGGUGUGUUGGUACAGUUGAACACCAGAUGUUUGAAGAAAUUUCCAAAAUUAUAUGCUUUGCUCAUGAUAUAUGUAUGAUAUAUUAUUUAACAUAUAUAUUUUUGAAAUAAAUGUAUUUAGAAACACAGUAAGUGCUUAUAGAACAAUUAUGAGAUAAAUGAAAUGUUUUUUUGAAGUUGUUCAUGAACUACUCUUUAACUUUAACUACUCUUUAGAAAUGGGAAUUUAUUAUUGUUAAAAAUCAAAGACAUAAAAAAUUGUUAAAAUUUCAAUUUCAAAAUACAUAUGGGCACGCACGCACGCGCGCGCGCGCGCGCACACACACACACACACACACACACACACACAGUAUAAAACUAAAUCUGCCUGCAGAAUGAUUUAGAUUUAUAUAUUUUUGCGUUCAUUUAUUAUCACAUAUUUUUUGAACUAUCAGGAAUUUAUUACAAAAAAUAGAAGUGGUAGAAAUAAAAAUGUAAGUGCCCAAAAGUAACUGAAUUUGCUUAUUAGACCAUAACAUGAGUAAACAAUAGUGUUAAAAUUUGUAAAAUUCAGUCACGAAACAAGGCCUCAAGAUGGACGUCCUUUUUUCUAAGAAUAAUAACAGUAAUUUCCAAUUUUCAUAAUUCAUAUUUAUUAUGGAAACAUAAACAGACAUGCAAUGAUAGGUCAGUAAGUAAAACAUUGUUUUUUCUAUUUCAUGUUCACUCACAAUAGUGUGGUAGUUCAGGUAUUUGCUGGAAAUUUUGUUUGUAAAUAUUUACAAAGAAGGUUAUAAAACAUCAAAUAUUAAUUAAAUUACAAAAAAUUAUUUAUUUUCUCUAUUGACAAUUCAUUUUUACAUUAUAGCUUUGAAAACCAACUGAUCAAAGACCACAUUUGUUUGACAUUCCAGGUCAGUGGAACUUAAACAAAAAAACAUUGUUUUGUAAAAAGAAUUGUUUUCUUGUAUUUACUAUGGUUAUUUAAAUGUACUUUAGCAAACAUAACCUAUUGAACACUGAAAUCUCUUCCUUCACUUAAUACAGACAAAUUUGCAACAUACAUCAAUCAUGCAUUUGAUUAGUGAAUUUUGAAAAAAGCACAUGAAGUAUCACACCAGAUCUAUGAUUAAAGGUACUGUAUAAGGAUUCCGGUUCACUAUGUUGUCACUUACUAUAAAAAACAUAACCGAGUCCGAGUAAAAUAAAAUAAACAACUUUAUUUAAAGUUUAAUUCAUCAAUAAGUAAACAUUAAUUGAUGAAAUAAUUCUGAUUUAAUAGAACAAUCAGAAUUUUGUUUGUUGUCGGAUAUUUAUUUCAAGGCAAUCCUUAGCCACGUUAAGGUACCAACAUUCUAUUUGGCGGACAGCUUAUGCAUUGCUUUGAAAAUUUGUACAGCAACUAGAUUACAUUAUAUAUAAAUUGACUCAAAAUUUGCUCAUAAGUAUGGCUAUUUUCAACUUCAAUUUAAUUAUUGCUUGUUUGCCUAUUACAGUAAUUAAUAACGUAAUAUCUGAAUAGAAUUUUAAUUAUGGAUGAAUGAUAGUAAUAGGUUUAGCUACAAAUGAAGAUUGCUGUUACGGGUUAUUUGAUUAGAAAAGAAAUGUUUGUUUAUGGUUCACCAAAAAACUGUGUAUUUUGUUUUAGUACAUUCUUGUUUUUAUAAAUUUAAAUAACAAGUACUUUUCUGAAAAAGUAUUUUGAGAUGUUUUAUGGACUAACAUCUUAUCCUCAGUUGCUUGUAUACUGAUUCUUGGCUGACAAAAUUGUUAAAAUAGACAAACCUAAUAAAAAUACAGCCACAUUGAAAUAAUAGGUUUAAAUUACACUGUUUAUCAUAGUCAGCUAUACUAAGUAAUGUAGCAUCUUCUACCGGUAAAUCUCACAAAAUGAAGUAAUUACAGUUUAAAGAUUUGUGUUUAUAAUUAUUCCAAAAUCAUUGUUUAAUUUGUCAUAACUAUUGUGAAGUAAUGAGAACAAAAUUUAAGCAGCAGAGCCGAAUUCCACUUCCUUAUAUUUUAUUGAUUAUUUUUAGUCAGGCAAACACAAAAUGUCAGUUUCUCUCACUAAUUAAUAUACAAACAUUGAGACGUAUAUGUAUCAGGAGUAAACAUUUUAAUAAUAAAUUAUACUUACAUAGUCAGUAAGUUUUGAUGGUUCAUAUUUUUGAAAUUAACACUUAUUUGUUUAAAAUAUUUUGCUUUGUCUAUGCUUUACAGAUAAUAAUUCAAUAUGCAAAUGAGAUAAAAAAUUUUUUGCCCUGAAAUAUGAUUUUCUGUGUGGCAGGCAUCAGGAAAAAACAAUAAAUAAUCAUAAUAUAUGAAACACAGAUAAUAAUAUCUUGGUUUUUAUAAACAUGAACAACUGGGAUAGAAUCGUGAACAAUGGGCACUGACGGUAAACUGCUCAAUCGGUUUUAGUUUAUAGAAGAUUAAAUAAAAUAAUGAAAAUUGGUAAUGAGUGAUAAUAACUAUAACAAUUAAAAACUAGUGGAAAGAUUAUUGAACAAUGUCUUUAUUGUUGUGUCUUUCUUUAUCUUUUAUAUUACGUAACAAAAUUAUAAUAGAACAAGUAAAAAGACCAAAAAAGGUCAAGCAUAUUAAAAUCGAUAGGUAAAAGUAUUUGGACAUUAUUCUAAACUAUCUUUUUUAAGUUUUAAUACCCCAGUUUCUCCUACUGAUCAUGGCAAGUGCUGGAAUAAUGUUUUUUUUAUACUGGGCGCAAAGUGUUGUAAUAUUUAUUUUUAAACUAUGUCCAAGGGACAAAAAUUUUGUCAUUUUGUGAGAUUAACCUUACAUGUUGUUUUAUUGUGACCAAUUUGACAACCAUAUAUUGGGUUACAAGUGAUUGAUGAUUAAGUAAUUUUAUUUGAGACAUGUUUUAUUGUUAAGUUCUUCGGAUUCAUGUAAGCUAUACUUAUAUGUGUUAACUAAAUAAACACCAUGAUAUUAUAUCAUAUGAAUGAGAUUUUUUAUUUAGUAUAAUUGUCAUUAUGUUAUAAUUUGUUGUAUGAUUAUUGAUUAGUUCAAUAGUUUAUGGAUUUUGGUGUUUGUGUUGAUUUAUUACCAGUGGUGUGAAAUUUGUUUACACAUGCAUACUUAUAUAUUUUGUAAGAUAAUUAAAUCCUUGGUUAGUUAUAUUUAUUUUGUUUUAAAUAACUAUAGUAGUAAAUAUGUUAUUAAUUUUAAUAACAAAAUCAGUUUGUCUUUGGGUUAUGCUUUUAGUUAGUAAUUGAGGCAGCGAUUUAUUAAUAAGUAGCAUUGUAUCCACCAUUAAUUAUAAUUUUCUCAUUUAAUUUAUAUGUUCUUAUAAUAACACUGAGCACAAUAUUAUAUCAUUGAGUUAUCAUCUGCUUGUAGCAUUCAUUGAUUUUUUUAUAAGUAUGGAAUAGAGAUUAUUGUACAGAAAUAUAUGUAAGGUUAAUUACUGUUUCAUAGUUUAUGAUUGUUAAAUAAGUAAUGGUUUAAAUUUG